GUUGGGAAAAAAAAAAAUAGAUAAGAAAGAAUGGGAGCAGAAGAGGAUGGAGAGAUUCGUCAAGGCACCGAUCAAACCUCGCAAAUCGCAAUUUCUAGAGAUCAAUUUCUCGCGUGGAAGCGCCAAAAGGACGCUGAAUUAUCAGCUAAACAAGCUGAAGCAGCUAGGAAACGGGAAGAAGACAUAGCAGCAGGUCGUGUCCUGAUGAAUGGCCGGGAGCUCUUCUUGCACGAGCCUUGGGUUUUUGACGACACUCACCUUUAGAUUCUCUUUCUACUCAGGGAGGGUGAUUCAGACAAGAUCAAAGGGUGAUCAGUGAUCCAACUCUGUUUUUCUUCUGUUCUUGUACUUAUGUUUCCAUUUUGUGUUUGUCUUAUUGUAUUAAUCAGAAAACUAGUUGGAUAUUGCGACUGUUUAUUGUUUUGGAGAUUUUGAUAUUGUUUGCUAGCAAAGUCCUAACAAAAUCCUUGACGAGGUUAGAUGUAUACAUUAAGUUUUACUCAAACAUGAACA